CUUCCGCUGAGUGCGGAACGACAGACGAUUAUCAACGACGAGCCGAAAUGACCCCAUGAUUCGAAUGUGCAGGCUUGGCUUUUCCCACGUUAACUACGCAUCAACACGCACGAUCGCCCCUCGCGAUUUUGACGUUGAAGAGAACUCCUUUCUGAAGUGUGACGUCAGUCCGUGAAUUUGACCACGUUGUGGGAAUAUGUCAACAUUAACUAUUUGAAACAAAUUGGUUGGCGAUAUUCUGAUUUUCGAGAAAGCAAGUCACUAGAAAAGAAAAAGCCCUGACUGGCAUCGAAAAGAGGCUGAAUGGAUAUCACAGGAGAAAGCAUCCGAGCGAGCGAAACAGCGCCCCUCUGUCUCUCUACGUGCAGGCCAUCUAUCUGAUGCUGUCUGGUCCAAACAAGGUGGAGGCCAAGAAGAGGAGGAUGUGGAGGUACCGUCUGCCUGGCUUUGAGUUGAGGCUCCUGGAGGAACUACAGAGACAGAAGCACAACAGUCUCUACUGUGAUACCCUGUUACAGACUGAUGGAUUGUCAGUCCCGGCCCACAGCUGCAUCCUGGCUGCCCUGAGCCCCUACCUGUCCAAUGCCCUGUCCAACCAGUCAUCCCCCCUCCCGGCUGGGCAGAGAUGGCCACUCAAGCUCCAGGCUGUGAAGGCCCAGACCCUGCUGAAGCUGGUGGAUCUCCUGUACUCCGGAGAGCUGGAGGGAGAGGGCAGCAUGGAACAAGAAGAGGUUAUGGCCGCUGCCUGUAAGCUGGGCAUAGGCCGCUUGGUGGAGGGGUGGAAGGACCGGGGGAGGGAGGGAGAGGGGGAGGAGGAGAGGAGGUGCAGUCUCAGAGACGUGGGGGUGCAGACGGAGGGAGGAGAGACACAGGUGGGGGCGUUGGUGGAGACGGGGACACAGACUGUGGACUGUAAUGGAGGUACAUGGAGGACUUUCCUCAGUCCUCUCCCUGAUGCUCUCCCUACACCCCUCCUACUAGUCCAGAGCAGCAGUGAAGGCCAGCAGCACACAACUCACACGGCACUCCCUUCCCUGAGUCCUCAGAUUAUGACCCCCACUUCACACCCCAGUUCCACCCCACCCAGCGUCAAAGCACCGGUCAACAGUGGAACAGCUCCCUUUAGAACCCACCCUCGGACCUCCGAACCGGAGGUCACAAACCUCUCAUCGUCCUCUGUUGUCCUGAGCGGUGACAUGGUCACCCAGAGUGACGAUUCAGACCACCCCACGACACCCCGGGAGGAGAGUGCCGUCCCAGAAUGCUCUGUGGCAGAGAACGGCGUAACGGAGAGGAGGAUGAAGAAGAGGGAGCAGCAGCUGACAUCACACCCUGGGAGAGCAGAGGAAGGAGGAACAGGGGAGUGUCUGGAGAGGAGAGGUGUGGUUGGGAGGAAGUGGCUGAGCGGACAGAGGCUGGAGAACACUCAGAUCUCCAUCAAGGUCAAGCUGAGGAGGAGGACCAGGGGACAGCUGUGGGAGCUGGUCAGUGGGCAGGAGACGGACGGAAGCAUCUCACCUGGUCAGGGGCAGGAGACAGAUGGAACCAUCUCACCUGGUCAGGGGCAGGAGACAGAUGGAACCAUCUCACCUGGUCAGAGGCAGGAGAGGGACGGAACCUUCUCACCUGGUCAGAGGCAGGAGAGGGACGGAACCUUCUCACCUGGUCAGAGGCAGGAGAGGGACGGAACCAUCUCACCUGGUCAGGGGCAGGAGACAGACGGAACCAUCUCACCUGGUCGGAGGCAGUUGGUCCUCGCUGCUCUGAAGAAGGAAACGCAUGAUCGCAUGAGGACAAGACAACUACCACGCCAGCCUCUCCCCCCGCUCCAGUCCCCAGCCCUCCCCCGGUGCUCUCCCCUCGACACAGCUUUCCUCACCCCUCCACCCCGGUCCCGCCCCCACCCCACCUCCAAAACCACCACCGCCCAGUCAACCUCCCUCAAACACUGCAGCUCCACCCAUCAUCCGACUCCACACCCAACACAUGAACCACAGCUCGCCUUGCCCCAGCCUCCGGUAGAGGAUUCAGACGAGCAGAUUGAGAAGAUGCUGGAAGACAUCAUGAUGGGGUUGAACAUACUGCCCCCUGUGGUUCUGGAUAGGGACUGCGACCAACGCCACCAUCUCCAAAGCCACGACAGACCGUCGGCCUGCUCCUGCUCGCAUCAUCCCGUCCACGCAAGGCACAGCGCCGUUGGCUCGGCUUCUCGUUGCGUGUGUUCCCAUGGCUACGCGACAGGAAGUGAUGAUGCGUCGUCAACUGAAACAGCCUUCCACUCCAUCACCUCCUCCCAUUUCGUCACCACGACAACCUCCUGCACAGUCACCCCUGACCUUUACCUGGACCCACAACCUCUGACCCCUCACCAAUGUUCCACCUAUCACCCCUCCACCCCCCUCUCUCAUCCUCACCCCCACUUCUCCUGUAAUGAUUACUCCUCUGACUGGGCCUCCUAUUGUUCAGGGUUCCAGUGCUCCUCUGAGAACGCCAAGAACCACCAGGAACUCCUGAUCCGGUUCCAGAACUCUCAAAACCAGGAACUCCAGAACCGGAACUCCAAGAGCCUGGUGUUUGGAUAUGGUGGCAGCAGCAACAUCAUGCCAGUCCACUCAGGCUCUUCACCAAGGCCUCCCCACCAGUCCCUUCCUCAGAGCCAGGCCUCUCUACUUUACGCAGGGGAAGAGGACCGAGAUCCAGGGUUCUGGAAGGGUUCUGCCCAGACGGGCGUUCCGUCGACAUACAGAGACCAUGUUUGUAAUCUGUCCUCUGCGGAUUGUCUGUCGUCCAAUGGAGACGCUACUCCAAGUCAUGUGAAUGGAGACACUACUCCAAGUCAUGUGAAUGGAGACACUACUCCAAGUCAAGUGAAUGGAGGGACCAUCCCAAGUCAUAUGAAUAGAGAGGCCAUUCCAAGUCAGAGUCCGAGUCAGGCCAGUACGAAUCAGGAAGUUCCACAAGAAGAGGAACCUUCGGUCACCCCCGGUUUCCUACCCCCCUCUGAAACUGAUGUCUCUGAACCACAACAUCCAGCAUGCCCACCAGAUGCCUCUCCCUGGAAAGGACUACAUUUCCCAGAACUCCUUUCACUGCUGUCUCCAGGAAGUGAAACCCAGCCUUCCCAAUCUCCUCCUCCACAAUGGGAAGAGCUACGCCUGCCAAAAUGUCUCUCACCCUUAAAUUCACCGGAACCCUUACCCCCACCAUCUCCGGCGAAACCCUUCCUUAAAUCCCCAUUCCGGCAUCCUGUAACUCCAUUCCAUAGAAUCCCUCAGCUGUCAAAGCUACCACCUUGGCUCUGCUGCACUCCGAGAAGACUACAGUUUCCACUGAGCUCCAUGAUCCACUCUCCACGCUCCCCAGGAAAUCUGUGUGAAUCUAAAAAAUGCCUUGGGCUGCCGUGGGAAUCCAACAACAACUCCGAGCAGAUGACUGAUGGUCAAUACAAGGCUAGCAUUAGCAACAACUCCGAGCAGAUGACUGAUGGUCAAUACAAGGCUAGCAUUAGCAAUAACUCCGAGCAGAUGACUGAUGGUCAAUACAAGGCUAGCAUUAGCAACAACUCCGAGCAGAUGACUGAUGGUCAAUACAAGGCUAGCAUUAGCAACAACUCCGAGCAGAUGACUGAUGGUCAAUACAAGGCUAGCAUUAGCAACAACUCCGAGCAGAUGACUGAUGGUCAAUACAAGGCUAGCAUUAGCAACAACUCCGAGCAGAUGACUGAUGGUCAAUACAAGGCUAGCAUUAGCAACAACUCCGAGCAGAUGACUGAUGGUCAAUACAAGGCUAGCAUUAGCAACAACUCCGAGCAGAUGACUGAUGGUCAAUACAAGGCUAGCAUUAGCAACAAGGACGAGGAGGAGAGGAAAAGGAAGAAGGGCGCGACCACCACUACGGGGCGAAGGCUUGAGAAAGCAAAGGCGAAGAUAAGAGAGGGAGAUGAAACCUGGAAGCCCCACAGUAACAGGAAGAGAAUCCGUGUGAGGAGAAAGGAGGGUUUGGAGCCGGAGCAGGGGCGAAGGACUGAGACACCAAAAGCAAAGACAGAGAGGAGACAGGAGGAUGAAACCUGGAGUCAACACAGGAAGAGAAUCCGUGUGAGGAGAACAGAGGGUUUGAAAGCGGAGCAGGAACAAUCAGAGGACAGUGAGACCCCAGAGCCUCCUCGGAAAAAGAGGAAACGCAACGUCUCUACAAAGAUAGAAGAUAGUCCUUUAGUGAGGACUGAAAGGGUGAAACUCAACGACAGAACGAAGACUGAGAACGGACAAGUGAAAAUAAGCCUCUGCUCUGUCAGUCUGUCAACCAACAAUGUCUUAGCGAGAGAAAGAUUAGGACGGUACCUUUCCAACACCUCCACAAAGUCUUUGUCCAGCCUUGGGGAGGAAGCCAACCCACCUCCAGAAGGAAGGGAAACUGGGAACCCAGUAAGGGUGCUCCGAGCCAGGGAUCGAGAUGUGAAACGCCCUCCUAACGUUUGGACCGCAACCGGGAGCUGCUCCCCAGUAAAACUUCACCAAGAAGACAAGCAGUCCAACAUGUCUUCUGAAACUCCCAGUCCCUCCUCCUCUGGGUUUCAAGCUCUGGCCAAAGCAGUUGGACUGCUCCAAAUCCCACCAACACCACCCCCGAAGCGGAAACGUGGUAGACCCCCCCUUAAGAUACGACCAGGAAAAAAACAGGUUUCCCAGGCUGGUGGUUUAUUCCCCACCAGUGCCAUGACAACGGGCAACCAUGACGCGGAAGCUGUUGAGCACAAAAAGGAAAGAGGAGAAGGAGAACCACAGGGAAAGGAAAGAGGAGGAGGAGAACCGCAGGAAAAGGAAAGAGGAGGAGGAGAACCGCAGGGAAAGGAAAGAGGAGGAGGAGAACCGCAGGGAAAGGAAAGAGGAGGAGGAGAACCGCAGGGAAAGGAAAGAGGAGGAGGAGAACCGCAGGGAAAGGAAAGAGGAGGAGGAGAACCGCAGGGAAAGAAAAUAGGAGGAGGAGAACCGCAGGGAAAGAAAGGAGGAGGAGAACCGCAGGGAAAGAAAGCAGGAGGAGAACCGCAGGGAAAGAAAGGAGGAGGAGUACCGCAGGGAAAGAAAGGAGGAGGAGAACCGCAGAGAAAGAAAAGAGGAGGAGAACCGCAGAGAAAGAAAAGAGAAGGAGAACCUCAGGGAAAGGAGAAAGGAGGAGGAGAACCUCAGGGAAAGGAGAAAGGAGGAGACCCACAGGUAAAGGAAAAAGGAGGGGAACCACAGGUAAAGGAGAACGGAGGAGGGGAACCACAGGGAAAGGACGACAAGCGAAAGUGCAGGAAAAGGAGGAGGCUCAGGGAGGGACAUGGCAAAGGAGAGAGAGCAGAGUUGUUCCAGAGACUACCCGUGUUGUCUCAAUCUAAAACAGUUGUUCUAAAGCCUAGCUCGCAGACAACUUCCCCCAGUACCCAUGAAGAGCAGGUUCCUUCCAACUGUUCCGGGAUUGGAACCGGAACCAUUCUGCAACCCCAGCCGUCUGGUCAGCCACAGAACUCCAGUCCAAAAAGAUCUGGAGAGACUGAAUCAGACAGAGACCCAUUGAGACCCCCUGCUGUCAAGCGGACCCCCUCCAAGGGUCGGGCACCCACUGUGUGUCUCAAGAAGUUCCAAGAACUCCUGAAGCACAGGCACCAAAACACGAGGAAGUCCACCAAAAGCAAGCAGACAAAAGAAGGUGAAACUGAAGUUCAGAAACAAAGUGAAAGAAAGUUAUUGAAACCCAACGAAAGUGACAACGGUCAAAAUGCAUCAAGACUGAUGAACAAAAACAUAAGUUCUUCCCAGCCUCUAGAAAGAGAGUCGGCCAUUAGACCAACCGUUGAUAAUGACCAUCAGACCAACCGAACAGAGAGCGACCAUCCAGAGGAAAAAGAUGGAGGACACGACAGCAGCAGCACUUGUGGACAGGAGACGGAGUAUCAAGAUCUCAUCUACAAAGAGACUGAAAGAGAGAACGUUGAGGAUAGAGAACAUUUUGAGUACACAGAAAAAGUUUUAGACGGGGAAAACGUGGAUGCGUCAGGAGACUUUUUCAAACUCCGAGAGGAGCUGGCUACCUUAUCGAUGACAAGGACAAAGGACAUGGUGGAUCCUCAUCGGAGCGACAAAGGCAACAAGGAAAGAAGAGAUCUGGUUUCCAAGGAGAACAGAGAGAGGGAAACAGACUCAUCUACAGAGACAAACCAGAAGACCGAAAAGGGAAAAGGAUCCGUGGUGGAGGCGUAUAGGAGAAGUGUCAUCAUCCAAGAGGUGGAGGAGAAAAUGGAGGAUGGAUAUUUGGAGAUGGAGAUCUCCAGCGAGGAGUUGGAUGUGGUUGAUGAGGUCCAGCAGACGUUGGGCUACGCCGGGGCUGAGGAAGUGAGUGGGGAAGAGGAGGAGAUAGAUGUAGAGGAGAUGGGUCCAACGAUGUAUCCUGAUGCAGCUUGGCAAGAGGUUCCCGGUGCCAGAGAAGUGGACCAAGUGAGUUCCACCAUGGCCAGCUUCAGAGGCAUCACCCACAACCACAUCCACCUCCCUCAGAAAAUCAAAAUGGCGACCGCUGACCCCGAGAUGGCCGACGUGAGUAUUCCGACCCCUCUGGAGGCAGAGCCUUUCACGCUGACAUCACAAAGGGUCACCACGGGGUCAAAAGGAAGCUGGGAGCCAGAGGAGGAAGAGGACGUGGAGGUGGACGUUCUUGAGUGGUCGCCGGAUGUGCGACCAAGAGUGUGGGGAGCGGGACUUGAGCAAGGCGUCACAGAACUGACCGAGGAAGACGAGAUAGACGUGAUGGGAGAGGAAACGGACUGAGUAAGUGGGAUGGUGGACUCUUAGGGACGUGUUCAUUUAGAAUCCAGUAAAAAAUUAAAAAUAAUACAACGUUGCCAUUGGAGAACGCAAGUGUGUAUUCUUCAACAGAAAGGCUAGCGUUGCAUGUGUGUAUUCUUCAACAGAAAGGCUAGCGUUGCAUGUGUGUAUUCUUCAACAGAAAGGCUAGCGUUGCAUGUGUGUAUUCUUCAACAGAAAGGCUAGCGUUGCAUGUAUGUAUUCUUCAACAGAAAGGCUAGCGUUGCAUGUGUGUAUUCUUCAACAGAAAGGCUAGCGUUGCAUGUGGGUAUUCUUCAACAGAAAGGCUAGCGUUGCAUGUGUGUAUUCUUCAACAGAAAGGCUAGCGUUGCAUGUGGGUAUUCUUCAACAGAAAGGCUAGCGUUGCAUGUGUGUAUUCUUCAACAGAAAGGCUAGCGUUGCAUGUGUGUAUUCUUCAUUGGAAACGUUUGUUAUUUGUAACAGAUUCUAAACAGUGUGUUCUUGAGAAGAAAGGCUACCGUUCCUAAGCAACCUCCCCACUCCUCCUCUCCACACUGUUAACUAUCGGAGCAGCCCCAACCUUCCACACUGACUUGAUGAGACUAACUCACUAAAUGAGGGUCUCGCUAUAUAAAAGAAACAACCUUUGUUGAUUGUGAUUUUGUUGUUGUUUGAGCCCUAGGCUAGAGACUCGGCAAACGCAGAUACUCUUUUGUUACAUUUCAGGGCCUGUAUUAACAGCUUCUCAGAGUACGAGUGCAGAUCUAGGAUCAGUUUUUCCUUUCAAGUCAUAAUGAGUAACAGGGCCUACUCUGAGACGCUGGUGAAUACUGGACCCUGGUGUUCAUGCUGGUUAUUUUGAUACCUUCAGAAUCAGUCAGUGUCCAAUCAGAAGCACUUAAAUAUGUUUACAUCUGCCACUUUUGACAAGUUCUUUAUUUGUAGCUUCAUUGUUUGUAUAACUUUGUAAAUUAGAAAGAAGGCCUGUCAUUUAAAUAUAAUAAUUGUGUUGUAUUAAAAUGGCUUUCUUGACCACAGCUGUCCAAUAGAUUUGUUAUCUCAAGCACGGUCAAGCACCUAGCUAUUGAAGUAAACAUUUAACUUUG